AUGUUCACCUUUACCCCCUUGCUUGGAGCGCAAUCCUCGGGCUCCAAGGCUUCACAGUCCAUUCUCGAACUCGACGGCGGUGUUAAGAUACUGGUUGAUGUCGGAUGGGAUGAAUCAUUUGAUACAUCUGUGCUUAAAGAAUUGGAGAGGUUUGUCUGUCCUUAUACCGCUGCCCUUGGAUCAUUUGGCAGGACCUACCUUCAGAACCUCUACGCCUCGGCCCCGUUAGCUGCGACUUUCUUACCUAGCACAUCCGUCACAGCAUCUGACCCAAGUUCUGGUCUCACAAUACAAUCAGUCACUUCUUCUUCUCAGGGCCCAUCAGGAUACGAGAAUACCGGGUCAGGGCGCAUACUUCUACCACCUCCGACUAACGAAGAUAUCGCCCGUUACUUCUCUCUCAUACACCCGCUAAAAUACUCACAACCUCUUCAACCAUUACCAUCGCCAUUUUCUCCACCUUUGAAUGGCCUGACUAUUACUGCUUACAAUGCUGGUCACACUGUUGGUGGGACAAUAUGGCACAUCCAGCAUGGUAUGGAAUCGAUCGUUUAUGCUGUAGACUGGAGUCAAGCAAGAGAAAAUGUCAUUGCCGGAGCAGCAUGGUUUGGAAGCUCUAUCGGAAGCGGGACGGAGGUCAUUGAACAACUACGAAAACCUACUGCGCUUAUCUGUAGCGCGAGCGGAGGAGAUAAGUUUGCUCUCCCCGGCGGAAGGAAGAAGCGAGAUGGGCUGCUUCUAGACAUGAUUCGGAGCUGUGCUGCCAAGGGAGGUACUGUGCUUUUGCCCACUGAUAGCAGCGCGAGAGUUCUGGAGAUUGCAUAUGUUCUGGAACAUGCCUGGCGAGAGGCAGCUGACUCUGAGGAUUCAAACGACCCUCUCAAGAACACGCCUUUAUAUCUAGCUGGUAAGAAGGCGCAUGAUACUAUGAGACUGGCACGAAGCAUGCUUGAAUGGAUGGAUGAGAACAUUGUUCGUGAAUUUGAAGGCAACGACGGUGUCGAAGCCACUACUGGCAAAGCUGCCGGCGGAGCGUCCAACCAACCGUCUAAAGGCGUGCAGAGCCAGAAAUCGGCCACCGGUCAGAAAAGCCUUGGCCCAUUUACCUUCAAACACCUGAAUCUCGUGGAGCAUAAGGCCAAGUUGGAUGGCGUUCUCGAGUCUAAAGGACCAAAGGUGAUCCUUUCGCCAGAUACUUCGCUAGAAUGGGGACUUUCUAAACACGUCCUCAAGCAUAUUGCUGAAGGAAACGAGAAUUUAAUAAUCAUGACCGAACCUCUAAAUUACCUCGCUGAAGAACACCGGGAUCCAAAUAAUGCAUACGAGAAUAUUCUGGGCUCCAAGAUUUGGAAACUUUAUGAAGAAAGGAAAGACGGGGUUGCUCUCGAAAAAUCCACGAGCGGAGAAUUGCUUGAACAGGUUCACAGCGGAGGAAAGGAAUUUACCCUCACGGAUGUGCAGAGAACUUCUCUAGAUUCAGACGAACUACUCAUUUACCAGCAAUAUUUGGCAACUCAGAAUCAGCUACAAAACACUGCUCAAGUAAGGGGUAAUACUACCCUAAACAACGCAGCUGAUGCCAUGGACGACGCAUCCAGCUCUUCCGAAUCGGAGGAUUCUGAAUCUGAGCAACAGGGGAAAGUACUCAACUUUUCCGUCUCCCUGCCUCACUCGAACAAACGCAAGAUGGGCCUCAGUGACGCGGACCUGGGCGUGAAUAUUCUCUUACGUAAAAGGGGAGUGCACGACUAUGAUGUCCGUGGGAAGAAAGGUCGAGAAAGGAUGUUUCCCUAUGUGGCAACGAGGAAGAGAGGCGAUCAAUAUGGAGAAUUCAUCCGACCUGAAGAAUACCUAAGAGCGGAAGAGAGAGAGGAAGCUCAGCUGCAGGACCAGCGCGCACCAUCGUCUGGAAAUACCCCAGCAACCCCUGGCCAGAAGCGUCGCUGGGACAAGACUGGCGCUGGUGCUACUAAUGGCCCCAACAAAAGGCGUCAGACAUCACAGCCUUCAGAUAAUGUCUACAUACCCAGCGAUGGGCCAUCCCCACCUAAUGGUCUGGUGAGCAGUGAUGUUGAGAAUGCCGAGGCUUCAGAGGAAGAUACCGAAAGCCAGACUCUCAUUGAAGGGCCAUCGAAAGCCACCAUAGUACACUCUUCCAUCUCAUUAAAUGCACGACUGGCAUUUGUGGAUUUCGCCGGUUUGCAUGAUAGACGGAGCUUGGAAAUGCUAAUACCCCUUAUCCAGCCCCGCAACUUGAUCCUGAUAGGAGGCACAAAGGACGAGACUAUGGCACUUGCCGCGGAAUGCAGGAACUUGUUGGCCGCGAAUCGAGGAGCUGGUACCACAUCAACGACAAAGCUUGGUGUUGAUGUAUUUACUCCCUCGAUAGGAGACACCGUUGAUGCCAGCGUUGACACGAACGCUUGGAUGGUCAGACUAAGUCGUCCGUUGGUGCGGCGUUUGAAAUGGCAGAACGUCAGCAAUCUGGGCGUCGUGGCUCUUGUGGGGAAUCUACAGUCCUCGCAAGCCAUAUUGUUGCAAGAAGAAGUGCUGGAGCAAUCUAAGAACAAGGGUAAAGGGGAGGCUUGGAAGGCGACUGGCCCCGUGGAGAGUCAAGCCAACCAGUCUCUUAUCAAAAAUGAAAAAAUACCAGUUCUUGAUAUCCUACCUGCUAGCCUUGUUGCCGCAACAAGGUCGGUCACAAAGCCGUUGCAUGUUGGCGAUCUUCGUCUCUCUGAUCUUCGCAAGCUUAUGCAGUCCUCUGGCCAUUCAGCGGAGUUCAGAGGCGAAGGCACACUUCUUGUCGAUGGCUUUGUUGCUGUGAGAAAGGCCGGUGCAGGCAAGAUAGAAGUUGAAGGCGCUGCUCGGCCGUCACCGAACUAUUCGACGACUUUGAAACAGAACGCCGGAACCUUCCUUGCUGUGAAGCAGAAGAUAUAUGAGAGCCUCGCCGUUGUCUCUGGACAUAGUGGCUGA